AUGUCUCUCUGUAGACAGGCAUGCCGGAGGGCAUCUGGACCGCAUGACAACCCAAUUGUUAACUACGUCUGGGUUAGCGACACCCUCCUCGCUUGGUCCUAUACCCAAUUCACCACGACACAACGACGAUAUGGAAGUAAUGUUCCCGGCCCGCUUGAAGCAAGAAGGCGGCUUGCAAGGAGGAGAAAUACGCAUUUGGCUACAGUUGGAAGUGGAGGUGCUGGCAUUGACCCUAGCCUUCUGUUCGGACGGAAGCCCUCAGAGCCGCAGCACCGCGUCGCAUCUCCUUUUGAAUCUUUCUUUCUAGAACAGACACCCUCAAACCUCGGCGUUGGCCUGCGCAGCCUUCCCGAGUGCAGCCGCUUGAUUUUCGACCACGUGCUACAGGGCUAUCGGAAUGGAUCACCAUGGACGAUUGCCGACGUUGGCGAUUUUCUUGGAGAUCCCACCCUGAAUACUUUGGGUUCCAUGAACUUUGUGGCUGUGGUGCAGUCCUUGGUCACCCGUCCAGGUUCAACGCAGGAAGUAAAAGAGGUCUUUAGCAUGCUGAAGCAAAUGUUUAACCUCGGUGCCGUCCCUCGAAAUGAGAUAAUGUUGAUGCUGAAACUGGUUCGGCGAAUUCAAGUUUCCGACAAUAACUCAAAACACGCUGCUGAUAUUCAUGGAAUCUGUUAUAAUGCGAUGUGGCGCGGAAUAAAAUCAUGCUCUAUCCUGCCCCCGAAAGAUAUUGGUAGGAGGACGUUGGGAUUAUGGCUUAACUUUCUUGCAAGGGGAUAUCCAAGCGGGAAUUCAUUGUCAGUGAGCAAAGAUAUACUUCGCCUCCUUGCAUCUAAUAGGACGAGUUCCUAUUCAUGGAUACGGGACGUCCUAUUGCAAAUCGUUAGGCUUAAAGCGAUGCGUACACCCCAGAACUCUGGAAUUUCCUAUUGGAGGAACUUCCAUAGACAUAUCCACGAUGUCAAUAAUAUUGGCCAACUGUUCGGUAGCCGCUUCCUUCUGGAAUCGAUUCUCCGAUUUACAGAAUCGUUGUUGAUGUCUCGACGAUAUCGGAAAAGCCGACGAAAGCUUCUCCAGAUUUGGGGUGGUAUUCUGGAGGAGUCUGCCCUUGGCUCUUUGCUUUAUGAAACCCGCUGGGGUAUUCCUCCACGUCUUUGCAAUGCGCCACGCAUGAGGAGACAGCUGUUUAAGACCAGUAUGGCCAUGAAAAGGAAAGGAAACUACACGAGACAACAAUGGCUUUUGAAACUGUGGCUCGUUAAGGUCCUGGGCCGUAAAGCUCGCGGUGCGCACCAAUUCGAUUCUCGUCAAAGGCAUGUGUUUGAAAAGCUUCUAGUUUACGACAAAUAUUUGCGAGGGUCACGCCCUAAGGUCGGCAUUAAUGCUUAUCUGCGUGGUUUUAUGCGAGCAUUUAGCCGGCUUGGUUUGCCGCAUGCAAAUACUGUCAUUACCACGAGCAUGCGGAUAGAGUAUGAGCGAAGUCUACGGAAAUAUCAACACCUUCCUAGCGACGUUCUCAUGACUCUAUCUGAAGUUGAGCGUGGUGGAUUAUCACCUACAGAUGUGUUUUGGGAUAACGAAAAACAUGGGCUGCUAAGAAAUGAAUUGUUUGUUCAAUGGGAAAAGCUGGCAAAACAAACAGACGUCACGGCGCCCGAUUUUGCCAAUAAGGUCCUCCUCUACACAGAAACGAACUCACCGCGCCGCACUGGCUUGCUCCGACUCCUCCGCCGCCACACCCCGUUCAAAAUUGCUCUAGCUUAUUCCUGGGAUUCUUUCAGAUAUGGUUCCCUUGACGGAAGGCUGCGCGGAGCGCAAGCAUACACCAAUGAUGGGUAUCCAAUCUUGAACCCGACGGAUUGCCUUGCGACAAUGCACAGCAUCGCUCUGAUUUUUGCGUGCUCUACCAAGCUCAGUCCCCGAAAUUCGUAUAGAUUGACGAGAUGGUGUUAUGAGUAUCUGUUUCUUCAUAAUGCGCCCAUCAAGCCCACAAUUGUUCGCGCUUUAUAUCACGCUGCUAUCCACCGGUAUCAAGAAGCUGGGCUUGCUAUUCCUAUGGAUAGGUUUACUUUUGUAAUGGAUAAGGUCCGGGAGGUUGAAGGAGACGAAGUUGCAAAUGCGCUUUCUAGCGGUGUGCCUGUUGCAAGGUGCGGGAAGCACUAA